GGGAAAUGCCGAAAUGGUUCCAUAAUUCCCGAAGAGGUUGAGGAUAAUCUUGGCUAAAGUUCGAUACUCCUUGCACCCAAACAGAGCAAACUCUAGGGUUUAAACCCACUAUCGACAAUUCCCCACCCGUUAAUUCCUCAAACACAGAAAAAGAGCGGGAGAGAGCUCUCACACUGACCUCCACAGUGCUCCACUCCACUCUGCUCCAUUUCUCUCAAUCGCCGAGCCAACGCUGUCACCGGUACGGCUCACAAAUGUCGGUGGGGGUUCGCCAGCUCACACUGCUCGGCGAGUUCAAGCCCUUCGGCUUAAUUGCCGAAGCCCUGGACGGAAAGCCCGCCGAUGAUGUCACCGACAAGUACGACUAUUUUCUCUUCGAUCCACAAGUCGUUCGAGAAAGAGACGAAGCCGGUGAACCAGACGCGUCAGCCACAGCGUUCAGCGAUCGUAGCGAUCACGAGCUUUUCAUCAGAGGGAACCGGAUAAUAUGGACGACAGGUGCACGAGUGUUUAAGAGAUUCACCUUACCCUCCACGGUCAUCAAGGUGUGCUGGUGUCGUCUAGGCAAUAUGGCUGAAGCUCUGCUCUGUGUCUUACAAAUAGAUUCGUUAACAAUCUACAACACGUCAGGUGAGGUAAUAUCUAUUCCACUCCCUCGUACCAUCACAUCGAUAUGGCCUCUUCCAUUUGGUUUAUUACUUCAGCAGGCAGCUGAAGUGUAUUCACCAGCGCAUAUUCCUUUUUCAUCUUCAAGUACUUUAUUAGGCACAUGUGAUAUACCCCGUCAUAGGAGAGAAAUUGGACAUAGUCCACAACAUAAAUUCGGAUCUCUGAGUGCAUUUGAUUAUGUUUUUAAGGGAGACACAAGUUCAAUGUGCUCACAUCUAAUUCUGAAGGAUCCGCUGGAAGAACCACAGUCAACUUAUAUUGAAGAGAGAGGAAAUUUGAACAUAAUGAAGGAAUUUGAUGAAAGAACAAUAUGGACUAGUGAUCAGAUUCCUCUGAUGGCAUCAUACAAUAAAGGAAAGAUGCAACACUCGGUAUGGGUUGCAGAAGCAGUUAAUUCUAACCUUGAAGUGGCAGAUGCUAGUUUAGCUGAUGUAGUUCCUGCUGAUGUACUACCAAAACAGUUCUCUUUUCAUAGAAUAUGGCAGGGGAAGGGUGCCAUGACAGCCGCUUGUAAGGUUUUUCUGGCAACGGAUAAUGAUGCAUCUCCUGUAAUUUGUUUUCUUCACCAAGAGCAAAAAAAAUUGUUGGCUGUAAGGCUACAAAGUGUUGAAAUAAAUAAUGAGAUUCUGUUUGGUAUAAAACCUGACAUGAGCUGGAGCAUACCUGCGGUUGCAGCUGAACCUGUGAUUGUAACACGCCCAAGAGUUCAAGUGGGACUGCUAUCAUACUCAGACAUCAUUGUUUUGACUCCAGAAAAUGGCCUUCUUCUCUAUUCAGGGGAGCAAUGCCUGUGCAGGUAUAUGUUACCUUCUUGUUUGAGUAAAAGUCGAGUUUCACAUAAUUUGGAUUUUCCAGAAACAUCAUCUAUGUGGCAUGACUUAAAGAUUAUAGGACUGGCUGAUGCUGUUGAGGGACGUAUCAAUGUAAUAGCAAAUAAUGGGCAGAUGUUUCGAUGUGCAUUUCGAAGAAGCCCAUCAUCUCUGUUGGCAGAUGACUGCAUCACAGCAAUGGCUGAGGGGCUUAGCUCCAGGUUCUAUGGUCAUUUUCUUGGUCUUCUUUGGAAAGAUGGCGACUCUGCCUAUUUAGCAGAUGCUGAUUCUAGUGUUAACUCAGAAUGGGAUUCUCUUUGUAGUAUUAUUAUGAAAAUGUGUAAAAGCUCUUGUGUUGUUUCUCAAGAAUUUCUGAAAUCGGUGCCACACUCAUCUUGGGAGUUUCUUAUUAGCAGCAAAUUUCACAAGAGUUACAAACUUAACUCUAUCACUGGAAUUUCUUCUGGGAUGUCACAUGAUGUUCUGGGAUUUUCCCCUGGGUCAAAUUCAGAUGGUAAACGAAGUUUGCAAAAUUCAUCUUCUUCUGAGUUAUUGAUGGAAUGCUUGGAUUCUCUGCAUGCAGUAUAUGAGAGUCUAAAACUGCAUAUUCUUCGCAAAAGGGACUUGGAGCUUCUGGCAGUUCUAUUGUGUAAUAUUGCUAGUUUCCUGGGCGAGGAAAGAUAUGUAGAUCAUUAUGUUCGUGACUUUCCUGGUCUUUUCAAGAAAAUUGGGAUGUGCACGACCUCCUUUUCCUGGAAAUCUGCUCCAAGUUUAUUCAGAUGGCUUGAGAUUUGUUUGCGACAUGGAAGUGGUUCUGCUAAUAUUGAUGAUCUUCCACCUUUAAUUUGUAAAGAUGGAAGUUCUGUUGUUAGUUGGGCCCGAAAGGUAGUCUCUUUUUAUAGCUUAUUAUCUGGUGCUAAACAGAUUGGGAGAAAGCUUUCAUCUGGAGUUUACUGUAACAUUGCCCCCGGAUCACAAUGCACAAAUGAGGAGCUUGUAGUUUUGGCAAUGGUUGGGGAAAAAUUCGGACUGCAACAGCUAGACUUACUGCCUUCUGGUGUAUCUCUUCCUCUGCGGCAUGCAUUGGAUAAGUGCCGGGAAUCUCCUCCCUCUGACUGGCCUGCAGCUGCAUAUCUUCUUCUUGGUCGGGAAGAUUUGGCUUUGUCUUGUUUGGCAUGCUCCUUGAAAUCUAGGGAACUUGGGGCCCAAACCAAUGUUAAUUUGAUCUCUAUGUCUACACCUUACAUGCUACAUUUGCAUCCAGUUACAAUCCCUUCCACAGUUUCUGAUACAAUUGGGCUGGAAAGUACCAAAUUUGAGGAAACAGAUUCUGUUGAUGGGUCUUUGACAGAUGGUAUGGAGCAUAUCUUCAACUCAAGCACACAGUUGCGUUAUGGUCGUGAUCUGCGAUUGAAUGAGGUUCGACGCCUUCUGUGCUCUGCGAGACCUGUGGCAAUUCAAACAUCUGUUAACCCUAGUGCCCCUGAUCAGGACCUCCAACAGGCUCAGCUAUGGAACCUUGCUCAAAGAACCACUGCUCUUCCUUUCGGUCGUGGGGCGUUUACUCUUGCGACUAUAUAUACUCUGUUAACAGAGGACUUCGCAGUCCCGAAGCUUGUUUUAGCAGGUCGGUUGCCUGCCCAACAAAAUGCAACUGUUAAUCUAGAUCCAAACUUACGGAAUAUACAAGAAAUUAAAUCUUGGCCGGACUUUCACAAUGCUGUUGCAGCUGGACUAAGACUGGCCCCCCUUCAGGGUAAAAUGUCAAGAACUUGGAUAAUAUAUAACAGACCUGAGGAACCAAAUGCUAUUCAUGCUGGCCUUCUUCUUGCAUUAGGAUUACAUGGAUACUUGCGUGUUUUGAAUAUUACUGACAUAUACCAGUAUUAUAAUCAGGAACAUGAAAGCACAACUGCAGGGUUAAUGCUUGGCCUGGCAGCUUCUUAUAGGGGGACAAUGCAACAAGCAAUAACAAAGUCUUUUUAUAUUCAUAUACCUGAUCAACCCCCUCCAUCUUCCUCCUAUCCAGAGUUGGAGUUUCCAACCCUUCUGCAGUCAGCAGCAUUAAUGUCACUUGGGCUUCUUCAUGAAGGAUCGGCGGACCCGCAUGCAAUGCAAGUUCUAUUGGGUGAAAUUGGUCGUAGAAGUGGAGGUGAUAAUGUUCUUGAAAGGGAGGGUUAUGCUGUUUCUGCAGGAUUUUCACUGGGUCUUGUUUUAUUGGGUCGGGGUGAAGAUGCACUUGGUUGCAUGGAUGCAAUAGUUGAUCGAUUGUUCCACUACAUUGGUGGCAAAGAAAUUUGUAAUGAGCAGUCCCUUUUUGUGACUCUAUCAACAGAGGAACAAAGUCGUGGUGCUGUGAAGAUGAUGGACGCAUCAGCAGUCAAUAUUGAUGUCACCGCACCUGGAGCUACAAUUGCUCUUGCUUUAAUGUUUUUAAAGACUGGAUCAGAGGAAAUUGUGUCAAAGCUUUCUAUACCUCAUACUCGGUUUGACUUGCAAUAUGUGAGGCCUGACUUCAUAAUGCUCCGUGUCAUUGCUCGGAAUCUGAUAAUGUGGAGCAGGAUUCAUCCUUCUAAAGAUUGGAUUCAGUCCCAGAUUCCUGAAAUUGUCGAAAAUGGUGUCAAAGGCCUCGGAGUUGAUGCCAUUGAUAUUGAUGAUAUGGAAGUGGAAGCAUUUGUCCAGGCUUAUGUUAAUAUUGUGACUGGAGCAUGUAUUUCUCUAGGGCUGAGAUUUGCUGGUACAAAGAAUGGAGAUGCACAGGAGUUACUUUAUGAAUAUGCUAUCUACUUCCUUAAUGAGAUCAAGCCUGUUUCUGCUAUAAGUGGAAAUACCUUCCCAAAGGGAUUGUCUCAGUACAUUGAUAGGGGCACAUUGGAGAUAUGCCUUCACCUCAUUGUUCUUUCCCUCUCCGUGAUUAUGGCUGGUUCUGGACAUCUACAAACCUUUCGAUUAUUGAGAUUUCUCCGCAGCAGAAACUCUGCUGAUGGCCAUGCUAAUUACGGUAUUCAGAUGGCAGUAAGCUUAGCCAUUGGUUUCUUGUUUCUUGGGGGAGGGAAGCGAACAUUUUCAACAAGCAACAGUUCGGUUGCUUCUUUACUGAUCACUCUUUAUCCACGCUUGCCUACCGGACCAAAUGACAAUCGAUGCCACCUUCAGGCAUUCCGUCACUUGUACGUCCUUGCUACCGAGGCUCGCUGGGUCCAGACAGUUGAUGUUGACACUGGUCUACCGGUGUAUGCCCCUCUUGAAGUUACUACUAGGGAGACUGAACAUUAUGCAGAAACAAGUUUUUGUGAGGUUACCCCUUGCCUUCUGCCAGAACGUGCUGUGUUGAAGACAAUACGUGUUUGCGGCCCUCGGUACUGGCCUCAAGUAAUAGAACUUCACCCUGAAGAUAAACCUUGGUGGACUUUCAGGGACAAGAAUAACCCAUUUAAUUCUGGCAUUCUGUAUGUCAAACGAAAGGUUGCCGCUUGUUCGUAUGUUGAUGAUCCUGUGGGCUGUCAGUCUCUGCUAUCCCGGGCAAUGCACAAGGUAUUUGGCUUGACAAGCUCUACAAGUACUGUCCAUUGCAAUGGGCCUAGUUCUGUAACAGUUGAUCAGUUGGUCAGUACCUUCUCCUCUGAUCCUAGCUUAAUAGCUUUUGCACAACUCUGCUGUGACCCUUCCUGGAAUAGCAGAUCUGAUGUUGAUUUCCAGGAAUUUUGCUUGCAAGUAUUAUUUGAGUGCGUGAGCAAGGACAGACCAGCUCUUCUACAGGUCUAUUUGUCAUUAUACACGACAAUUGCAUCUAUGGCUGAUCAAGUUACCAGUGGUACUGUUGUUUUUGUUGACUCACUCUUUAUCUCUAGUCUAAAGCUUGCACUGACCUACGCUGAGGCUCUGUUAAGUGGAAGAUUGACCACUUCUAGAGGUGGCAUUGUUCAAUCUAAAUUUAUAGGGUCUCUUAGGAAGCGGGUGGACGAGCUCCUAAAUUGUUCUCCAGCAUUGAAGGAUGAUUUCGGUAAUUAUUUGAACUCUGGAAGGUGGCCAAUUGGGGGAUCUCAGGGAGAGAAAGGUUCAAUACUUCUUUCAUGGUACCUUCAGUGGUUUGGGGUACCAGCUCCAUCUGUGAUCAAGAUAGCAGUCGAGAAAAUCAAACCCAAGCUCAUGUCGUCAUCUUUGAUUCCCUUCUUGCGUUUGUUAUUUCCCAGCACUCACAUCGUCGCUAUUGGUGAGAUAGACGAGUACUUGUCUUCUUGUCAGUCAGCAGUGUGAGUCCUGCAUUAUGUCUUGAGGGUGAUAGCUAGACAACCGGCGAGCAUUACUUCACAAGCAUCUACAACUACCACUGCGACUUAGGUCAAAAACUAGCCAUUAACGUCACUAGCAGCAGCACCGCCUCUCCACUUUCCAGCCCAGGCAGCCAUCUUGUGGCACCGCGAAAGCUCCUUCAAGCAGAACACAUGGUUCCACCGCAGCUCCACCACCAGUAGGUGCAGCCACGCUAUUUACCCAUACUCUUUACCAUUGCCAUGGCUGUCUUCUAGUAAUUAUUACUGGUUUUUUGUUUCAGUAUGGUUGAUUUUUUAUUUUUAUUUUUUUUUGUAUCUAUUCCGAUCACAUGUUAUACAUGUAUGCCGUGAGGCUGUUUCCAUGUCCUGGUAACUUCCUCUUGUAUGGUUGUUUUCAGUUUUUUGUAAUUGAGCUUAAUAAGAGGGAAGAAAUGGGCAGUGUAUCAGAUUGUCACCAGCAAUUUGUGUGUGGGGCUGAGCGUUGUUGCUGUGUUGUAUCCAAGUCAUUCGUAGUAUGUGACUAGACUUGUUCCCAA